UACAUAAACAUAAUUACACAUAGAUCUAUAUAUUCUAUGUAACAAUAGAUAUCAAACAACUCACAUCUAUACAUAGAUCUAGAUGCGUAGGACGAAGGGACCGGUUUUAAUCGUAUACAAAAUGGCGGCGACCCUAAACAAAGGCACCGGUCUUGAUAAAAAUAAUAAAUAUGAUCGACAACUAAGGUUGUGGGGAGACCACGGUCAAGCUGCACUUGAAUCUUCUAGAGUCUGCCUCAUUAAUGCUUCAGCAACAGGCACAGAGAUUUUGAAAAACCUUGUCUUGCCAGGAAUAGGAUCAUUUACUAUUGUUGAUAGUUGCAAAGUGAAAGGAGAAGAUGUUGGAAUCAAUUUUUUUCUCACAGUGGAUUCUAUAGGCAAGUCAAGGGCGCAGGUUGCAACAGAACUUUUAAGUGAACUCAAUGAAGAUGUGGCAGGGGAUUUCCUAGAAGAGGAUGUUGAUGAUCUACUAGAGAAAAAUCCUUCCUUUUUUUCAACAUUCACCACUGUGAUAGCCACACAGUUGCCAGAAAAGACUCUACUACACCUAGGGAAAGUUUUAUGGGAGAGAAAUAUUCCAUUGAUUGUCUGCCGUUGCUAUGGUUUUAUUGGUUAUCUACGUAUGGUUAUCAAAGAACACACUAUUGUUGAAUCUCAUCCUGAUAACACUCAUGAAGACCUGAGGUUAGAUCGACCUUUCAAAGGACUUCAUGAAUUUUGUGACUCCCUAGAUUUAAAUAGUAUGAACAAAAAAGAUCAUAGUCACACACCGUGGUUAGUCUUAUUAUAUAAAUAUCUUGAUAUCUGGAAGAACAUGAAUGGUGGUAAAAUACCCAGUACUUACAAAGAAAAAACAGCAUUAAAAGAACUUAUAAAAGAAGGUGUUAGAAGAAAUGCUGAAGGUGUUCCUGAUGAUGAAGAGAACUUUGAGGAAGCCAUUCGAAGUGUCAACUCCAGUCUCCAUGCUACUGCUGUUCCUGCUGAAAUACAAGCUUUAUUUGAAGACCCUUGUUGUCUAAAUCUCAACACUGAUAGUAAAAAUUUUUGGGUGAUGGUGAGAGCUUUAAAAGAAUUCACAGAGAAUGAAGGUCAAGGCCUUUUACCUCUCCGAGGGUCCAUCCCAGACAUGACCUCAGACUCAGAGCGCUACAUCCAGCUACAGACAGUGUAUAGAGACCAAGCAGAGAUUGAUGCCACAGCAGUAGCGGGUCAUGUCCAUGCUUUGCUGCACAAUAUAGGGAGGGAGGAACCUUUGAAUCCUGAUCGGACUAAAAAGCCUGGGACCUUAUCAGACUCUGAAAUCAGGACGUUUUGUCGGAAUGCUGCGUUUCUGACUGUACUGCGAUGUCGAAGUUUAGAAGAGGAAUACACUACAGAAACUGCAAAUCUAGAGGAGCUAGGUCAGCACAUAUUAGAAGAGGAGGAGGAUGCCAACAGUGACAGUGACGAUACAGUAUUAUAUAUUCUAUUGAGAGCUGCUGACAGAUUCUUUACUGAGUACAACCGAUACCCCAGUUACUUUGAUGACACAUUAGAUGCAGACAUUCCUAAACUCAAGGCCUGUCUCAGUAAACUUCUUCAUGAUUGGGGAUUGACAGCUGGUGUAAAGGAUGACUAUGUGCAUGAGAUUUGUCGUUAUGGAGCAUCAGAACUUCACACUGUGGCAGCAUUUAUGGGAGGUGUGGCUGCCCAAGAGGUCAUCAAAGUGGUGACUGGUCAGUUUGUGCCCAUCAACAACACUUUUAUUUACAACGCCCAGAAACAGACCUCUACAACCAUCAUACUGUGAUACAAUGCAUGAAUGGCCGCAGUUACUGGAAUGUUGUGUGUUCAUUUUGUUUAUCUGCAUAGAAAAAAAAAUAUUUAUACUAUUUUCACUGAAUAAAAUCAUUUCUGGUCAUAAAA